UAACAACUGAGGUCUUGAGGGAGGAUGCUGCAAUGAUCAAGCUACUCAGUCUACAACCUGACGGACUACAAUGACGACUGACACCCAGGUGCAGAGGGAGCAGGAAAUCUGCAGACUUGCUGGUGAAGUUACAAAAUGCAAAGACCUACAACUAAAUCUCUCCUGAAAGACGGAAGCUGGAUCCGCAGACCGGAUGAUGAGGAUGAAGAUGUCGACCGGGACCCAAACUUUGCAUUGAAUGUUCUGAAACAUGGUGGAAAAACAUCAAGCACCACAACCACUAAGGUGACCAAGGAUGGAAAGACCACGGAGACGACCACCACCACCACCACCACCAACCUAAAAUCUCCUGUGCUUAAGAGUCCCAGCAAGACAGAGACAUUCACUGAGAAGGUGCUAAAGGCCUCAAACAAAGGGCAAUACUCGCCCUUCCCAUCCACCAAAACCACCAAGGUGAUGGAGACUACUGUUACCACCCCCAAAGAUACGGAAGAAAAACUUUAUGACACACUCAUCUCCAAGUCUAUCAAGGAUGAUAUCCCACCCAUAGACAGCAAAACAACCGUCACCACAACUGAGACUGUGCUGGUGAAAAGCAGCCCCAGCACUGAUGCUGAGGACAAACUGUACGACUCCCUCAUCCCCUCAUCCACCAAGGAUAAUUACUCACCCUCAGACAGCAAAACAACCAUCUCCAGCACUGAGACUGUGACUGUGAGGAGCAGCACCAAUGGGGAUAUUAAAACUAUAAACACAAGGACUUCCUCUACGGCUGAAGAUGAGCUGUAUGGCACCCUCCUGCCAAGAGCCAUUACAUCUGGCCUGGACUCUCCAAUUAGCAGUGGCACUAGCAGCAUCACAAGGAGGGAGUACAUCACAGUGGAGAGCAGCAGAAGCGUGGAAAGCUCAGAACUGCCAUCACCAUCUUCCACCCGCAGAACCACCAGCUACAGCUCAUACACUGAUGACCCUCCCUCCACUCGCACCACCUCCUACACCGUCAGCACCAAGUCCAGCGACACCUAUGAUGUCGACAAUAAAAACUACACUUACACUAAACCAAAUUCGAGUUAUGAGUACACCAGCAUCACCAGUCCAACUUCCUACACCUCGACAACAUACAGUAGCAGCAGCAGGUCUGAUGACAGUCUGUCAGAUCCUUUCUACUCCAAAUCCUCCACAAAGAGUUUGUAUGCCUCCUCUGACAGGACUGUGCAUGAGAAAGACCUGUGCACUGUCUGCCGUAAACCCUUUACUGGAGAGGCCAAGAUGGUCCUGGACGACAUGAAGAUCAACUGCCACGCUUCCUGCUUUAAAUGUGAGGUCUGUAACAGCACUCUGGCCCAUCUGAAAGCUGGGGACAGCAUGUGGAUCUACAGACACAUGGUGCACUGUGAAAACUGCUUUGAAGUUACAAGAGAGAGAUGGCGACACUAAAUCUCUCCCUUGGUCUCCACUGGAGUUACACUGUAAUACAAGCAGCCAUAAGAACAUACUAUCAAAGCUCAAACUGUAAAAUGCUUAUCUGUAUUGUUGGGGAACAUAGGAUUUACUGUACUUACAUUUUUACAAGCUUACAGAGCUAUAUUAAAGUUGUUUGAGAAGUGCUAGUUACAUAAUGAAUAUAUGUUUUGUAAGUAAUACUCCUAUAUUACUGAGGCUUUUUGUUGCUGUGUUUUGACAUCAUUAUCUCUGUAUCAGAUUCUUUUUAAAAUCUGAAAUAGCACAUCUCACUUUCUCUUAUUACUAUGCAUCUUUCAGGGGGACUUUUGUGUGCAUGAAUAUAGAAGAUAUGUAAGAUUUAGGGCCGGGGGCUUUUUCUUUGUGCAAUAAAAGGA